AUACAGUUGUAAGUUUUAUCUACCCGUCUUUUGGCUGUGCUCCCAGCGCGCGCAGCGGUCGUGCAAAAUACGUAAGAUGUGCGAAAGCUACGAAUGAGCGACGUUCGGAGUACGAAUCUGAGCAUGGCGCGUGGUUCUUUAAUUCCGUUCGAACGGCGUUCUCUCGAACACCCAGUCGCGUAGUCUUCUGUGGAUUCGACUCAAGUUAUACAGAGAGUUUCACGCAAGGCCACACCGAUGUCGGUCGAGCUUUGCAAUCAUUAUGUCGUUUGUGAAGUGGUGCGAGUACUGCGCAGCAGAAGGCAUACGAAGCCCAGUAUGCUUGUUCCAGAUCAGUUUCACGGAAGCCAUGCAAGUCUGCAAGCGACCAGAGUGCCGGGACCUGCUGAUGGCCGGGAGCAUAGAAAAGCUCAUCCUUCGCAGGGAUCUCUCGGAGCUGGGCGAAAAAAAUGAGGUGCCACCAAAGACCACAGGAUCACAAGCAUGUCUGUCAGCCACCAUUUCAUCGCCGAAAGAAGCCAAAGUCAGCGAGGUGGAGGUUGUCGAAGGCUUCCUCAGUUCGUUGGACAUUUCCACGGAACCUCCAGGAAGCAAACCAAAUGAAUCGUCACUGUGCAUCGCUGGCGAUACGCUGAAACCUGUAAUGCUUCCCGAUUGUGCUGCUGUUGCGUGCGAUGGGAGAACUUCCAAAGUGACUGAAUUAUUGAGUUUACAAGUGAGUGGUGAACCUGGUGCUGUUGUACCUGAAGAGGACAAGAGUUCACGAGCAACACUACCUAUAUGCGAUGCAGCCUCUCUAGGCUGCUGCGUCAAGCCAGACGAGGAGCCUCAGGUUUUGGCGAGUUCUGUCAAGUUGAGGUCUGAAGGUCCCUACGAUUCCGUGGUUCUACAGCACUGUCCUGACCCCUCCUCGGCUAGUCCAGUUGUGGCCGAUGCAACUCCGGAGGAGGGCGAGGCUGAACGGUGCAGCGUGAAAAGGGAAACUUCGCCGUUCAUCUUUAUGCAGGACUUUAUUGAGGAAGUGGUGGUCACAGAGGAGCAAGGCAGUGUUGAUGGAAGGGCCCUCCAGGAGUCAUGUAACGAACCCACAAAGCCUCAAGAAGUGCCCAUCUUGUCAAAUCACACUUCCACGUCUAACGAAGCCUUGGGGACGUUGGCCGCUGAUGAUGCAAGAGCUGAUGAGGCGAGCCAGGCUGAAGGAUUGGGGGCAAACAGUGCCGGCCUUACCAAUCUUUCAUCGAAAAAUGAUCCAAACGUGCGUUAUGGUCCCGAGUUUGAGGUAUUCCGUGCAGAUGAAACUGCAGUCUGCUCUUCACUUCGAGUUGCUGAGAGCAUCUGCAGUCUGGAAUGCAAAGCCCCACAGAGUGCCAAAUUGUCCCCUGCUGUUUUGACUUUGUCAUUGAACGUGAACCAGCCUGCUGUUGUUUCGCCGUCAAAAGAACAUUCUUUGCUGCUGAUAGGACAGACGAAUACCAAUGGUGCUAAGGAACUGACUGAGCUAGGACAUGAUCAGAGGUUAAAUAGCAUCUCUGUCCAGGCGGUGCCGACAGUGAAUGGUCAUCGACUCAUUAAUGGCACUGCCGGGGAGAGAAAUGGAUCGAGAAUAGUUUUGGUGCCGGGGAACAGCAAUGCGGGCAAGGCUGGUGUUGCAAACCCAACGCAACACCUGACUGCGGUGUCGCAGCAGUUCACGGCCGUCCCGGUGGGAACGACGUCUGCCGAGGUGCUUGACAUGCUGAACAGCAGACCUGCGGAAGACGGCGUUGGGUUGAAGGCGACUCACGGGAUCACCAGCAGGCAAGACCAGCCAUAUAUGACUGCUUUCACUUCGGUAGAUGGUAACUCAGUGCUGCAGCAGGUUCAGCAAGGGAGACCCGUUGCCUCAUCUAACUCUCCAAAAAGAACACGCAGGUCCAUGCAGAACUCGACAGCAAAUGUGGCGCAGGCUGCAAACGGGCAAGGGCAGAAAGUUAAGCCGGUGCCUAAGCGGAAAAGGACCGCCGCCUGCCCUUUGAAGAGCGACAACAAUUACCUUCUAAGCAAACUAGCCCUGAUCAACACAGUACUCAAUUCGCCAGCGUCAUUGGAUGUUCAUUCCCAUGUGCCUCCCGGUCUCCAGCCCGCAGAUGCAAACGGACAGCCUGCCUUACCAGCCAAUGCACCAACCCCAAGGAAGACCUCUUCUAAUCGUCAAGGACGGAAGCAAGGCUCGGAGCCAAAGAAACAGCGCAGGGCCCCCACUUCGGGGGGCACAAAGACACGUAAAAGGCCAAACAGCAAGAAAGAUGCCAAGUCCACGCCCACUGUCGCUGACCUCAAACCGGUCUGUAGCCCCCUGGCGAGCGAGAGCGGGUCGCAGAGCUCGAAGCCGAGUAGUGCCAGCACAUCGUCCGGUUUUUAUGACAGUGCGAGCAGUGGUUCAGAACGGAAGCAGGGCGCCGGCCUCGAUGGAGAUUCUGCAACGUCCAUGUCAAGUAGCAUGCUCAUCCGCCUUGUCAAGAACCAGGUCAGGUCGACGAGGACCAGUGGCAGCGGGUUUCCCGGCUACCACCCUGUCCUCGCAAAGAAACCGUGCUACAGGGAAGACAAGAAGCCGUGUCGUAGGAAGUGGGCACGAUCUGCGGAAGACUCUGUACAAGCCGACGACAUUGAUCAGCGGGUGGCUCAGUUGGCUGGUUCGGAGGACUUGAGUCAGUUUGAUAAUGUGCUGGCUGACCUCUUUGAUGGCUUUGUGUGACUUUAUUUAUUCUUUUGCUGGAUUUGUUAGGUAAAUUAGGUGUAAUGAGCAAAAAGGGGGUGAGGGGGGUGUUGCUAUUUUUUUUUUCCAGUUCCUGCCUGUUGGGGGGGUGUCCUUCAGUUUCCCCGUGCUCUGCUCAAGCAUGGUGCUUCAUUUGUGCAUGAACUUUUAUACUCUGUUUUAUGCACGGCAAAUGACGUUGUCGAGCCUACUGUUGCGAGUGUGACGCUACGUCUAUGUUGAAUUUGCCAGUAGCGCGUAAUCGAGAUGCCAUGCUAGGUGCCGCAGAAUCGUGCAAGUAGCUUUGGCGACAUCGUGUGCCAUGUAUGGAACUAAGAAUAGUGGUUCAUGCCCCCACGGAUGCUUUUGCAGAAUGAAAUGAAUGCAUCCUUACAACGGCUGUCUUGUGACAUGCUGUGCGCCCCAUCAUCUCUAACUUGCUGGUGAUCAUAAUGGUCAAGAGCAUAGUCUCUGCAAAAUGGUUGAAACAUAUUUUAUUUUUGAAAUAAUUCUUCUCACAAAUGGCACACACAAAAUGUGAUAUUGUGUAAAUAAACUUCGGAUGUCACUAUAGCCCGA